AUCAGGCGUAGGCACAGGUAGUACUCACUCCCGGCAGGUCCCUAUUUCUCCCCCGGAAAACGGACAGGAAGGCAAAAAUGGCAGCACGCAGUUCUAAGCGUCAAGACAGCGAGUGUUCCACCGCUCCUUUAGCCGAUGACAUCUACGAGCGAAAAGCCUGUAACAGCCACUGUACGCUCGUGGUGUUGUGCUCAGUCUUGGCGUUUUUCUGCGCGGGCCUGCUUGCCGGACUGGCCACGAUGUGGGUCUACUUCGGCCAGCAGAUUGACCAGCUAAGGAGCGCCUACGAGAAGCUGGACCUCCCAGGACACGGCAGUGACCGCUGGAACAUCACUGCUACUGUGGAUGAGGCCGUGAGAAUGCUUUUGGAGCAAGAAGAAGACCAGAAAGCCGCAGCCGACCACACCCAGGUCGGACCGCCCAUCCAGACCGGCUGGUCCCCCGGCUCCAGGAAACCCAUGGCACAUCUGACGGGAAACCCGCGACAGAACUUGCGGAAACACCACGGAGAAGUGAAACUGCGGUCCUGGGAGAGCGAACAGGGCCUGGCCACCCUGGCUAACGGAAUGAAGUACAGAGGAGGAAACCUCAUAAUUCCCGUCGAUGGACUGUACUACAUCUACUCACAACUGUCCUACAGGUUCCUAAAUGAAAACCCGGAAGAACAUUCAGACAAGGAUGCUAACAUUUUUCAGCUCAUUCAUUACACAUUCAAACAAUCUUCUUAUCCGGAACCACAGCUUAUAAUGAAAAGUUCAAGAAGCACGUGUUGGUCUAAGAGAACUGAGUUUGGACUUUACACGUCGUUUCAGGGCGGGGUCUUCAGGCUAGAGAAGGGGGACAAGGUUUCGAUUUCGGUCUCUAACGCGCAAAUGAUUUCUUUUGAGGAAUCUUCAAGUUUCUUUGGUGCUUUCAUGAUAUGAAAUAAAUUUGCAAGAAGUCACACA